AUGGACUCCAUCGAUUACGACAACGUGAAAGCAGAGAAAGCCAAGGCGCUGCGUCGUUUUCAGAGCAUUGGUUUCCUCUUCCGUAUAGCGGAGAUCUCCGUCGCUCUUCUCUUCGUCUGUUGGAUAUUCACUUCUCUUCCUUUCGCCGUUCGAAUCUCCGGAAACUUCCUUCGUCGUCUCUCUUGCGUCGUUUCCACUCCUCUCUUCAUGUUCUUCCUUACAAACUCCAUCGUCGUCGCUCUUCUCACUACCAAAUCCACCGUCUUCUCCGGCAGAUCAGAGGCAAAUAUCUACGAUGCGUUCAUCAGAUCCGGAGAGAAUCGCGUCAAUUCUUGCGACGGAUAUCUAACGAGAGAGACCAUCGUCUUCGACGACAAAAAGAUGAUCGACACGGAAACCGAUUUAAAUUCAAAUUCAAAUCCAACGGUUGCGCGUGAUGGUCACGUGACAACCGAGUCGGAGAAGGACUCGAGUACUCUAACUGAUUCAGAAAAGGAUCAUCCUCUUCCUCCGACGAAAGUUUAUAGAAGAAGCAAAACGGAAACCUCAGUUAAACAGAGUCCAGAGAUGGUGACGAAAUCUUCGCUCCGGCGAUCGGAGACAGAAAAGUGUCGUGAAACCGUUGAGUCGUGCGAAGAAGUGCCGUUUCCGGAGGAUAAUCUGACAAACAAAGAGUUUCAAAAAACAAUCGAAGCAUUCAUCGCUACACAGUUGAUAUUCCGUCGCCGAGAAUCUCUCUCCGUCGUUAUCCAUAACCAAAUCUAAAUAAGUAUAUCCCGACAUAACUAUCUAUCUUGUAUCUUCGAGUUCGGACCAACAAGCACAGUUUUGUAAUAGGACGACAAGGAAGUUCGAUAGAUCGAUCUCAUUUUGUUUAUGCUCCUUUCGUUGUUGGAUCAAACAUCUAUAGUUUCUGUAAUAUUAGAAUCAAAUUUGUUGAAUGAUUCAGGAUUCUUUUAGAACUCCGAAUAUGAACAGUGUUUGUGCUUAUCUGUUUUUUUUGUAUGUGUAUUUUAUUUUCUGUUGGUUCAGCGACUGUUACUUCCUGAAGUGAUAAUAAUACAAACUUGAAGUAGAA